CUCGCAGCAACCACACGGAACGCUACUAAUUUCGCGUGAUUUGGAAUGAAGAUAUUUUUUUUUUAAUCCCACUUAUUCCAUGUAAACAGUGAGCAGUGAAAUCGUGAUCAAUAUGAAGCAUGCGAAAGACUACAAAUCAACGGAGUAAGACUGGACAUCAAAAAGAACAUCCACACUUGAUAUAUCCAAACAGCCAACCAGAAAAUGGACCUGAAGAAAAUGGAGACAGUAAACGUUUGGCAGUAAAACAGGAGUUGGCAACGUUUGGAUAUGAUAACAAUUAUGGCAGUUACUCCGUACCUUCCCCCUCUCCAGCAGCUAUAAAUCAACCCUUACCUGGACAGCCGCCCUUGCCCCCUAUGCCUCCUCCUCCAGGCACUCUCCCUCCUCCACCUCAUGUAUUCGGACCAGUUCAUUCCCAAGUUACACCCAUGCAGCCCUGGUCACAUCCGCCUCCACCAUGGCAAUGGAUGACGCCUCAGACUCCACCACUACCACCGCAGUCGCCUCGGGACAUGACACCAAAUAAUUUUCAACGAGAUAUGCCAUUGAGAAGUAACUACGUCAGGCGAGACAGAUUCAACCACAAUCGAAACAAUAUAUAUAACCAAAGGAGUAAUUUUCAUCGGAAAAACAGAAGAAAUCCUCGGUACGAUCAACUUCAGGGGCAGUUUGAUCCAGCUUCAUAUUUUGGGCCGUCAUUGCCAGUUGCAAUUCAAAACCAUCAACUACAACAGUCCUCUUUACCACCCGGGGCCUCCCAAAUUUCAAUCAAUAGACACAUGGAUGAAUCUGGCGAUCAGGACAUUAAAAUUGUUUCUGAGGAAACCGUUGUUAAAAAGAAUAAACAACGGAAGCCGAUGUCCCAAAGUUAUCCAAGCCGUCCAUGGAAUCGCGAAGAUGCUGAGAGGGCGCUACAAAUAGAAAAUGAAUACAAUAAAACAGUGAAGGCACAAAGUUUAAUUAUCAAAUUUCCAGAUCCUGAUCUCAAUAAAGAUAUCGUCAGAGAAUUUCACUCUGGCAUACAAAAUAUACAUUUUCAAAGCCCCAGUGGACCACGGUAUUGUUUCAUUCAAAUGGCAGAAGAUGUUGACAUUGAUGAAGCUAUAAAGGAAUUGGAAAAAAUACCGUUUGGAGUAGGUAAUUUGAAAGUUGAGCGAAAAUCAUUGAGGGACGAAGAUAAUCCGACUCCUGAAGAAAUAGAUCCUUAUACACUGUACAUUGGAAACUUACCAGAAUCUGUUAAUGUUAAUGAAGUCAAAACUAAGUUUCCUUCUGCAGCUAGAGUUGAUGUUGGAUAUGCCCAAAAAAUGAGAAAUACACGGUACGCAUUCAUAAGGUAUAACAGUGUCGAGGAAUCUAUAUCUGCUUAUAGACAAGCUCAUGAUUUAAUGUGGGACACUCGUAGCAUCAUUGUUAGAUUCAGAAGACAACGUGGCAAUACGUGCCUCCCAGGAGAACCAAAGCCUAACACGAAAAAGGUAAAAGAAGAACCUGGAACUCUAUCUCAAGUGAAGAAAGAACUGCCGAGCUCAAAUCAACAAAACCAGAUGAAACCAGAUGUGAGAAAACAGAAUCAUGUAACAUCGGCACCAAAAGUUCUACAGGAUAAGAGACAAUGUGAUUCUCAAUCGGAAAUUCUGAAGUCGUCGUCGUUCACACAGCUGUCUUCAACAGUACCUACGCCUGUCGUAACAUCUACAAAGACAACAAAUCUGCACCAACAACAACCAUGGACAUUAAAGCCAUCAGAAAUACCACAACUGACUGAGUCAGUUCCUUUGGUGCCUUUGGAAACUAGUCAGACAGGAGAUAAAAAGUUAUUAUUGGAGAUAAAAGAAGAACCUGAAGACUACGAUGAGAUGGAAAUGCAAGACGAUGCGCAAAUGGACGAUGAAGUUGAUGACGAUGACGAUGACGAUGAAGAAGAGGAUGAUGACUCCGAUGAUGAUGACGAUGACGACGAUCAUGAAGAGGAGGAUGAAGAUGACGAGGACGAGGAAAUUGAUGAUACUGAAACGUUACCAGAUGAGGAUAAACAGAAUGUGAAUAAGGAGGACGAGCCUGUAGAUCAUCUCGACCAAAUGUUCAAUGAUUUGGAGAAUAUGGCUGGUGAUAUUGGAUUAUAGAUCUCUAAUGCACUUUUUUUACUUCGCAAUUAUUUGACAGCGAGAGAAAACUCUCGGACUAUUCAUUUUUUAAUAUUCUAAUGUGUAAAUAUUUUUUUUUGACGUGUGUAUAAUGUCAGUGAUGAAGUAACAUAACAGUAUGUUUAUCAGUAAAAUAUUAUUCAAUUACAUCAGUAAUAAAGCUCGUAUAAGAUGAAUUAUUUAAAAUUCAAAGUAUACAGUAUUUUUUUUAGUA